CCAAACAUGGCCAGAAAUCAUAUGAUCUUAACAUUCCUUCUAAAGUUACUGCUGUCAUCUGUCUCUACUGCUACAAACAGUACCUCAGGAAUCCGCCAAGCCAUUGAGGAGAUGAGGACAGCAAAUUAUUUCACCUUUAUAAUGCUGAUUAACAUGGCCCCUGCUGACCUUAUACAAGGAAACAUCACUUUCUUGAUGCCAAGAGACAAGACACUGUCCCAAACAUUAAUCCAAGAAAACAACGUGGCAGAUUUCUUGCAACGACAUUCCUUACCAUCACCAUUGCUUUUCGACCACCUCCAACACUUCCCAACAGGCUCCAUGAUACCAACUUCAAAACCUGACGUUUUCCUCAAAGUCAACAAUUCUGGAAAGAUGCAUUUCUUUCUCAACAAUGCCAGAGUCGUUAGUCAAAAUAUCUGCACUAAAAGUGCUUCCAUCAGAUGCCAUGGCAUUGAUCAAGUCCUGGAAGGUGCCACUUUGCCAUCUGAUCAUAAUAAUGCCAGUCUUCCUGUGCCUCCACCUUGUGAUCAUAACAUUACAAGUCCGCCUUUUGGGCUAGUUGCAUCACCUCCUGUAAUGUCACCACCAUCAGCACCACAGCCAAUAAGUAGCAACAUUAGUCCGAUCCCAUCAUCAGCUCCACCACUGAAAUCUGCAGUAUCUUUAAGUAAAACCGGAAUAGCUGGGCUUAUUUGGUUGCUGAUGGCUGUGAAGUUAUCUCUUUGAUCGAAACUUA